AUGGGAUUUUAGACUGUCAAAAAAGAUGAUAGAGAAUUCAACUCCAACCCUGGAAGUUUAAAUAACUCGUUUGAGAUUGUCGUUGAUCAGCAUCUCAACAAAAAUCAAUAGCCAAAUUAGUUGCAAAAAGUUGUCCUAUGUAUGCAUUACUAUCCUUUAAUUAUUCCCUUAGAACCCAUGAACUAAAUAAAGAGAAGUCAUGAUUCGUUAAGGAAUGAGAAGAACCCUAGAAACUAAAAUAGCAAUAACCAAAAUAGAAGCAGUUAAAUUUUUAAUCAGAGCAGAAAAUCAAACUAGUCUAAUGGCACUGGAACAGCAGCUGAUAAUUAGGCAGAGAUGUCAUUUGGCCAUGAAGAAUCGCUUAAUAACUAGAUACAAAAUGAUCCAUAUAGCGAUAUUCUAAGCAUGCAGAGCAAUAAAAUUCAAUCUUAGGGACAAGCUAAGUCCUCAAGAAAAACUAGUUAUUAAUUUGCUAUUAAUAAUAGCAACCAACGAAAGACAUCAAGAAGUGGUAGAGUGUCCCCUUAAAAAAGUUUGGAGAGUUACAGAAGUAACACUUCUUAGCAAUCAAAGUAGCAGUAAUAGUAAAAGUCAUCUGUUCAUGAAAAAUUGAGAAAUCUCCAUGUUAAGGUAAAUAGUCAAGGUCAUAACUCCCCUGAUAAGGAUAGCUUCAAAAAUUAUCUGAAGGAAAAUACUGAUAGUUCAAGAUUCAACAAAGAUGACAUUAAUUCUAAUAAUCAAAACUUUUCUCUUGCUGCUUAAUAGGAAUAAAAAGUUUAUAGCUUUAGCAGUAGAACUAAGCAAUAGCAGCAAUCUUCAAAUAAAAAAUCAUCUCACACAAAAGAAAUACCAAUAUAUAAAGAAAUAAGUGUGAAUGAGGAUUUCCUAACUUUCAUCUAGGAGGAGAAUGUUGAUCACUUGGAAUACAAAAGAAAUCCUCAAUCCAGUAAUGUAAAGAGUGUAUUCAUUAAGUUAUACAAUGACCGUAAGAUAUAUGAAUAGAAAAAGAGAGAUUUAUCGGCAUAGAAAAUUGAUCCAGAUGCUUCCGAGUGUACCUUCUAACCAAAUGCUAUACAAUCAUCUCUAAAUGGAAGACCAAAGAGCACUACUAGAAGAAAUAACGAAGAAUUUUUGUAGGAUAUGUAAAGAUACUAAGAGUUGAAAGAUAAAAAGCUAGACUAAUUAAAAAGAGCAUACCAAGAUAAGGAGCUAGAGGAAUGCAGAAAAAGUGUGAGCAGAUCAAGGUCGAGACUAGAUAUUUCUGUAUCCAGAAACGGUUAGGACCAACCUAUUCAUGAAAGACUUCACCAAUAAGACAUUCAUAACGUCAAGUACUCUCAUAGGAGGUUGUCAAAUGAUAUGAGUCACAAUGAAAACUAGAACCCAGAAGAAAUCACCACAUACAGAAGUAAAAACGAGCAAAAGCUAUCCUCAAGCGAAAUAACUAAAAAGCUAUAUGAAGAUGCAAUUAAGCGUAAGGAAUAGGAGAGAUCUAAGAGCGGUUAAAGAACAGCCAGAGAUCAUGAGAAAUACAAAACUAGUGAAAGGUCAAACGAAGUCUAUGCUGGACGUAUACUCAAGUAAAUCGAAAAAGCUUUUAGUGAUCUUGAGUGUCUUCAAGUCAUUUCAAUAGAUUUCGAUAAGUUUGUAGACAUCUUAAAGUAUCUUGGCUACGCUAAUAAUGAAAUGAGUCUUAAAGAGAAGAUUCUUACAGAUGCUUGGGCUUAAAUUGGAGGAUCAGAAAAUAGAAACAUCUCAAAGCGAUCUUUAAUCAUAUUCAUAAACUGUCUGAAUAACAUAUAUCUCCAAUGGAUGAGCAAUAUUGAGGAUAGAAGUGAAGACUAUAAUGGUAUGGAUAUUGAUAUAGCAGAGUUUUAUGUAAGAAGUUUGAGUGAAAUGCAAUAUAUUCAUAACAAAUUCUUUGCAUUCUGGGAAAACAGAAGUAAAAUUAAGAACUCAAGUAUCAUAGGAGGAAACAUUUCAUUGUCAAAUCUAAAUAAAAGUCUGGAGAGAGAUCUCAACUAAAGUGAAAAUAGUACCUUCAGACCAUUCAUUAAUGAAAAGUCUUAAUAAAUUGCUUUAAAUCAUUUGACUUAACUUCAGCAAGAAUUAGAGAAGCUGAAUAUUCCAUUCAACCACUAAGAUUAUCUGAUAAAGAAAGGCAUAAUUUAGAAGCAGAAGUUACGAGAUCUUGAAAAUAAACUUAUAUGCGAGGAAAUAUCUUAAUGUUCUUUCAAACCCAAGACGAACAAUACAGUCAGACAAAGAGAUAGAAGCGUGUUUGAUGAACUUUAUGGAGACCCUGAGUAGCUAAGGGAAAAAAUAGUAAAAAACAUACCAAGAGAUCCCGCAGAAAUUGAAUUUGAAAAGCAAAAGGAUUAGUGCACUUUUAUGCCAAAGUUAAUAAAAUCGAAUAGCAAAACAUUGUUGAUAUCAAAAGCCCCAACAAUGACUUCUGGUAUUUCAAACAUCAUUUAAUCAAAUAAUGCCUCUACAAAGGUCUAAAGCGGUAUCUAGUCAAGCAAGAAUAUGACACCUAGAAUGCUUAGCAAAGUUAGCUCUUAACUUGGUAGCGGCAAUGGACUUUAAGGGAAGUCUUCUUAUUCUAUAAAGCAAAAAUCCUCUAUUCAUUCUAAUCAGAAAUCUCAAAUAAGCAUUCAAUUAAAGGACAAUAAUCCAUUUAGAAAGGAAAAUCAAGCUAAAAGUAGAGAGAAUAGAUAGAGGUAAACUAAUAAAAAUACAAAUGAGUGCUUAAACACAAAUAAAAACCUUUAUAAUUAAAGAGAGUCAGAUUAAUUCUAUGAGUUUGACUACAAAAUUCAAGACUAUACCAAGAAAUUACCUUAGAAUUAAUAGAAUAGUAAUUUUAAGACAUCAGUAAAGUAAAAACAAAAUUCUAACUUGAAUGAGGGGUUUGAGACCUUAGAGUAAAGCUAACAAAAUAAAUAAGAUAUGCUUAGUUAACAAAACAGUUCUCAAGUUCUUGAUAACUUUACUGAGAAAAUGCCAUUGUUAUUCCUUGACGUAAACUUAGGAAAGGGCGAGGUAAGCAGAUUGGUAUUUUACAAUGGAGAUGAUCCAGAAUAUGUCGCAGAAUCAUUUGUGAGAGAAAACAAACUUGACUAGGGUAAAAAGAUCAAACUUUUAGGUGCAAUUAAUCAAUAAUUAGAAAUGAUAAAGCAAAGAUACUUAUCAGAAUUGAACGUUAGAGAUUGA